UUUUGUUGUUUCUUCCCAUCACUUCUCACUUCACCUCCUCAAAAGAUUCCUUCGGAUCAUCAUCAUCAACAAUGGUUAUGGCUACGCGUGCGAUUCGCUGCCAGUUAACAUCUCUGGUUACUAGAUGCGAAUCAUCGGAACAACCGAUCAAACAGAUCCAGAUCCAGCAGCGACCUAGAGGAGGCGAUUUAGCCGAGAACGGGAAGAUAGUGCUUCAACCGAGGCUCUGCACCCUCAGAUCUUACGGAUCUGAGAUGAUCGUCGCCAAAAAAGACGGCGGCGGCGGAGGAGAUGAAGGAUCUGAUGAGGUUGAGUUAGCGUCGCCGUUUUUCGAGACGCUCACUGACUACAUCGAGAGCUCGAAGAAGAGUCAGGACUUCGAAACCAUCUCCGGCCGUCUCGCCAUGAUUGUUUUCGCGGCGACUGUGGCGGAGGAGGUUGUUACGGGGAACUCGUUGUUCAAGAAACUCGACGUGGAAGGGUUGAGUGAAGCCGUUGGAGCGGGACUUGGAGCUAUGGGAUGCGCUGCGGUGUUCGCGUGGCUGACGAUUUCUCGGAAGCGAGUUGGACGGAUCUUUACAGUGAGUUGCAACUCGUUUAUUGACUCGUUGGUUGAUCAGAUCGUCGAUGGGUUGUUCUACGACACCAAGCCUAGUGAUUGGACCGACGAAAUUUAAAAUCUAUUUUGUAGAUUUCGUACGUCGAGUACCACUACGUACAAAUGUAUAAUUAGUGUAUAAACGUUGCCUAUAAUAGUAUAUACUACUAUAGUUGGUUGGUCUUCAAUCAUCAUUUCUUCAUGGUGGUUGGUGAAGAUGAUAUUGAAAGUCUGUAACUUGUUCCUCUAUAUUAUAUCAAAAUGGUAUAAAUAAUC